CAGAUCCGGAGCCAGGACCCCGAGCUGCACGCCCCGGAGUCGCUCCUCCAGCACCAUGUUCUCCGGCCGAAUGGAGGGAGCCCGCAAGGGACGGUCCUUCGACUCCAUGAACUCCAGCUUCGAGGAGAACCAGCUGAAUAACGAGCUAAAUAAGUCAAAUUACACAAUGAUUGAAGACAAUAAGGAGAACAAAGGCAAUUCAGCUGAAAGAGGUAGAGCAGCUGUCAUUUUUUCCUUAAAGAAUGAAGUUGGAGGACUUGUAAAAGCACUAAAACUCUUUCAGGAGAAACAUGUAAAUCUGAUGCACAUAGAGUCCCGAAAGUCAAGGCGAAGAAAUUCAGAGUUUGAGAUCUUUGUGGACUGCGAUAGUAACAUGGAACAACUGAAUGAGAUCUUCCACCUACUGAAAUCCCACGUCAAUAUUGUAUCCGUGAACCCCACAGAUAAUGUCACUGUGCAGGAGGAUGGCAUGGAGAAUACACCCUGGUUUCCUAAGAAGAUCUCAGAUUUGGAUAAAUGUGCGAACCGUGUUCUGAUGUAUGGGUCUGAACUGGAUGCCGACCAUCCAGGUUUCAAAGACAAUGUCUAUCGUAAGAGGCGAAAGUAUUUUGCAGACCUAGCUAUGAACUACAAACAUGGUGACCCAAUCCCCAAGAUUGAAUUCACUGAGGAGGAGAUCAAGACUUGGGGCACUGUAUUCAGAGAGCUCAACAAGCUCUACCCAACUCAUGCCUGCAGAGAGUACCUUAAAAACUUACCCUUACUCACCAAAUACUGUGGGUACCGAGAAGACAAUAUCCCCCAGCUGGAAGAUGUAUCGUGCUUCCUGAAAGAGCGCACAGGUUUCACCAUCCGUCCAGUUGCCGGAUAUUUGUCACCCAGAGAUUUCUUGGCAGGCUUAGCGUUCAGAGUUUUUCACUGCACUCAGUAUGUUAGGCACAGCUCGGACCCUCUCUACACCCCAGAGCCCGAUACCUGUCAUGAACUCCUGGGUCAUGUCCCACUCUUGGCUGAACCCAGUUUUGCUCAGUUCUCCCAGGAAAUUGGCCUGGCAUCGCUUGGGGCAUCAGAUGAGUCUGUUCAAAAACUGGCAACAUGCUAUUUCUUCACUGUGGAGUUUGGUUUAUGUAAGCAAGAGGGACAGCUACGAGUCUAUGGGGCUGGUUUACUUUCUUCCAUCAGUGAGCUCAAGCAUGCUCUCUCUGGCAAUGCCAAAGUCAAGUCCUUUGAUCCUAAGGUUACCUGCAAGCAAGAAUGCAUCAUCACAACUUUCCAGGAAGUCUACUUUGUUUCUGAAAGUUUUGAAGACGCAAAGGAAAAGAUGAGAGAGUUUGCAAAAACCAUCAAGCGCCCGUUUGGAGUAAAGUACAACCCAUAUACGCAAAGCGUACAAAUCCUGAAAGACACCAAGAGUAUCGCCAGUGUGGUGAAUGAGCUGCGUCAUGAACUGGACAUUGUCAGCGAUGCCCUCAACAAGAUGGGCAAGCAGUUGGGCAUCUAACUCGGCCAAUAAUCAUCAGCACUUUGCACUCAGCAGCUCUGUUUUUUUUGUCCUGUUUUAGGCAUAAAGAUACCAGUUGGAUGCUAUACAUAGAAACCUCCUCUCUAAUUACAGAAGAAUGAAUGCCUAGUGGGGAUAGUUACUUUAACUUGUGUGUUUCUCUACUUAACACCCUUUGCCCUUACAAAAUGUUUACGUGACCCCUCCAAUCCUCCCCACUCCAAUCAGGAAAGAAAUGGGCUGCAUUCAUCCUUGGGAAGCUGAUGUACGAAUACAGAAAUCACCAUAUUGGAUCAGAACAGAGGUCUGUCUAGUCUAAUAUCCUGUCUGUGACAGUGGCUAGGGCCAGCUACUUCAGAAAAAGGUGCAGGAAACCCUAUGGGAUAAUUUACCCCCAGGGAAUGUUUUCCUCCUAGCCUCCACUAGUAAGAGGUUGGUUUAUGACCAACCUUGGUCCAGGGCCUCCAAUACCUCAAAGUUCAUCAGGAGAAAGUUGCAGUGGUACAGACCUUCCCCUCAGAAGGGGAACAGUACUGAUCGGGGAAAUGAUGUGAUUGGAGAUGUACUGAUUCUGAAGAUCCCCAUUGGGUGGCUGCCUCUGUUUGCAACAUAAAGCUGCUGAAUGAAAUCCUGACUCCACUGAAGUCAAUGGGAAUUUUGCCAUUGACUUUAAUGGGGCCAUGAUUUUUACCUACUGUCCCUGGCGUAGCAUUUGCGGGAGGACAGUAUUGGUAACACCACCUGCCCUCCUUGGGGAAUGAAUCCCACCAAGAUCAUAGCAAGCCUUAGUGGUGCAGGGAGCUGCAGUUUACACCUCUCUACUUCAGCUGGGGAGAAUGUAGACCUGUGUCUAAAAGCAUUUUGAAAUGGCAUUUCAGUAUACACAAUAGUCUUACAAAGGUGAUGAAACCCAGUUCUUAAAUAGUCACUGUCUAGUAUCAGUUUAUAUGGAAAAUAAAAGUCCCUUUGAUUACUCCUUCUUAUCAUUCACCUUUCAAGAUGCAUGGUGAUACAUCCCAAUUCUCUUCUGUAGGGCCCGAUCCUCAGGGGCACUGAGCACCCUGAACUCCCACUGAGGCCAAUGGGAAUUGAGGGAUAUAUUUUUGGCAGGAUGAGGCCCUAAGUCUUUCUAGCUCAUAGGUGUCUUCAAAGAUCCUGUAAUGAAAAAGAAAUCUAUUAUCCUCCAAAUAGCAUUUUGCUGAUGUGGGAAGCAGAGUCAUGUGGAACUGGUAACAUGAAGCAUUAGUGAACUCUCCAGUUUUGUGAGUGUACAAACAUUGUGGAGGUUUGCACUUAGACACCAUGGAGUAGUUUCUGCUUACUCUUAGAAAUUAAAAUCUGUAGAUGAAAUAAAUAAAUUAAAAGGAUAUUAUCAAUUUUAGUAGGAAAUCUGUGAAAGGCAGGGCAGACUUUUUAAGAAUUGAAGCUUCACUACUCCAAGUGAUAGGGGAAUGUAGCUGUAAAUAUCUGUAUAUUCACUGGAAUAACGGGAUAAAAUCAUGGCCAUAUUGAAGUCAAUAGCAAAACUCCCAUUGAUUUGAAUAUAGCUAGGAUUUCAUCCUUGAAUUCCUAAAAACAGGGUGUAUUUGAUACUUAAAUAUUGCAAAUGUUCGUGCUGGCCCUCUGCACAAUGGUGAAUUUCACCCUAAUAGACCAUAUGGAUCACAAACAUAAUGAACAGCUUAAAAUAUGAUAUAUUAAGAUACCUAAUUUUAAAUAUUUUUUUUCCUUUUUAAAAUCAAAUCUAGAUGACUUUUUUUUUGUUGGUACCCUUUUUGCUGGCACAAAAUUACUUUUAUAGUGUUUUUUUCUUUUACAUUUAGGACAGUCAGACCAUAUUUUUGAUAAAAAUUAACUUGACUUCUUAAAUUACACUUUAAAAUGAUCUUUGGGAACCUCAUGUUUUUAGAGAAGAAUCUAUUCAGUUUAAACAAGUGGUAAGUGUGGAUUUGUUUUGUCUGCUUAGGUAGUAAUGGUUAGUGUUAAGAUACUUUUUGCUAAAAGUAUUGGAUUUUUAUAUUUUCAAAUUAUAAUCAGAAGAUGUAAUGAGUUACUUCAAAUCUGAAAUCUGUAUUACGUACAAAUUUCAAUAGGAAACAUUGGACCUAUUAAAUUUCUGCUAGUACCUAGAUUUAAUAAUUCUAGUAUUAUUCUGUGACAGGGGAAUUCUAUCUAUAUAAUAUAAUGCAAAUAUAGGAAACAAAAUGCUAAGUUAUUUAAAGUGAUGUCUUUUCAAGGUAUAACCACAUUUACAUUUGGUUUUACCGUGUCCAAAACUGCUGGCUCUGUAAAACAGUAAUAUAAAAAAAUUAAGUAUUUUUAAAUAUUGUGGAUGCUUUAAAUGAUAAAAAUUGCUGAAUUGUUAGCAUGAAAGCCAAUGUAAAAACAAAAAUCCCUAACUCUACAGCAAAGCAAUAAACAUGACUAUUUGUGA